AAAGAAACUAAAGUGAGCGUUUGUAGCAGAAAGAGGACGUGAUAUAUACGUAUAUAUAUAUUUUCUUUUUUCCCUUUCAUGUCAUCAACAGAUUGAUUUAGAAUGAAAAUCAGCGGCAAACACUUGUUGUGCUUCUUUCUGCUCAGCCUCCCGCUGUCCUGGGCAGAGGACACCAAGCAGAAUGAGAGGAACACAGAGAACAACGCAGUUUUGAGCCCAGCAAAAUCCAGACGACUGUUUGCAAGGCAAAAGAUUUCUUCAUCAAAGGAAAAUCGAAUUCCUAAGCGCAGGUCAGACUCCGUGAGCCCGGCUCGUCGAUGUGGCCACUUGAUGGACAGCUGCUCCAGCCGCGUGCCGUGCUGCGACCCCUGUGCCUCCUGUCGGUGUCGACUCUUCAACAGCGUCUGCCACUGCUGGAGGAUGAGCCACGUGUGCUUAAAGAGGGCAUAGAUGUCACACACAAAUGCAUUUUGCCAUGUGAAGACACCACAACACAUCAUUUAUAGCAUUAUAUUGGUGUUUUAUACUGGGGAAAAUGCCAAAAAAUGUGCUGCCCAGUACAUAGCAUGUGUGGGUUUGUCUCUUUGUGCAGCACCAGUGCAGUUUCGGCCGCACGAUCACAUUUCAGUGAGAAUUAGGAACAAAAACAAAAAGUCUAGGGUGAAAGGUGAGGGUUCUUCCUGUUUUUGGUGGCGUCCACAUCACUGCAUGUGAAAGAGAGACAGAUGUGAAUUGAAUAAACUGAUGACAAUGGAUUUCUGUCAGGUUUAAAUAUAUUUGGAAAAACAAGAACUAAAACACACACACAGAAAUGCUUAUAACAUAUUGUUUGCAGGUGUAACAGGAGGAGUUGUUGCCCCGAGUGUUUUCUGCACAAUGCUGCUGCUUUUGAAUACCUCAAUCUUUAUAAAUCCUGCUGGACACCAACGACUGGUGAAAUAUACUUUUCUGUGUCUCCCUUUGAGUUGAGCCUGAGAGAGAGAAGUUGUUCUGCGAUCCAAAAAAUGAAGAUUUUCUAAUUAUUGUUCGAUUAUUAUCAUUUUAAAGUAUCUUACUUUGUGUAGCUUUAUGAGCAAAGUUAUAGUUCAAAUGUUGUGCUGUUAAAUAAAUACUUUAGAAGCCUGUA